UUUUCUGUCCCUCAUGCUCCACCCACUGAUGCCCCCCUCUGCACGUGAGAGCAGCUUGUGGAGACAGGUGGGGGGGAGCGCCAGCUGCAGGAAUUUCGGGCAAAUCCGGCCUAGGAAAGAUCGAAUCAUAUUUGUGACCAAAGAAGACCAUGAAACUCCAAGCAAUGCAGAGCUGGUGGCUGACGACCCCAAUGAUCCAUAUGAAGAGCAUGGACUGAUCUUGCCAGAUGGAGACAUUAACUGGAACUGCCCUUGCCUUGGGGGAAUGGCCAGUGGUCCCUGUGGGGAACAGUUCAAGUCAGCCUUUUCCUGCUUUCACUAUAGCACAGAGGAUGUCAAGGGGUCAGACUGUGUAGACCAGUUUCGGGCCAUGCAGGAAUGCAUGUAGAAGUACCCGGAUCUCUAUCCUCAGGAUGAGGAGGAGGAGGAAGAGGAAAAGGAGGAGAAGAAGCCUGCAGAACGCGCAGAGGAGACAGCUCCCACUGAGGCCACCACAACCAAAGAAAAGGAGGGGUCCAGCUAAUGAAGGCCUCGUGGCACUGGGCUCCAGGCCUUCCACCUCAGAGUGAUAUGAACCUUUUGCAAAAUGCCUUUCCGUCACUCUAAAAAAGUGUCUUUCCCUCUUGUUCUGUGCACUGUAAUGUACAAAAUAACUUAUUUUGAUGAUCAGGGGUCUUGGCCGGCCCCUUGACAUAUACACUGAAAAAAAUGAGGUUGUAUGUGUGUGUGUCUCAACAUGAAUCUCAGUGAAUGUAACUGCCGCUUUUGAAUUCUCUUCUCAGAUCACCCUGAAUUUUGCUACCUUGAAAUACUGUGCUGAAUGUUCUCAGCAACCAAAAAUCAGUAUCUAGGAGUGAGUGAGCUGAUUUACCCCAAUUCGUUUUGGUAGAUUUUAUAUCCAUUUUGGAAAGUGAAAUAGAAACAAAAACCUCUUCCUUUGAAAAUGCUGGAGGGGGCCCAUUCCUAAUACAAGAGGCCAGCUGAUCAGAUACCUGUUUCUCAAAAACCAUCUUGACCUUGAAUAUAUGAGGAGACACUAUACUUCAUUUCUGAUACAUUUUGAUUUCUAUUUUUACAUUGAGCUCCAGGUUUUCUUUUGGGGAAGUGGAGCUUUAGACCCUCUGACUCACAAUCCCUUUCUAAGUGAAGAGAAAGGCUGGGUUUUGCUGUUCCUAUUAUUCCGAAAGCCCUAGUUUUGGGGCCUGUAUUUACACUGGCUCUGUCUCACACUGUUCAGAUGCAACGUUCUUGAGAGGUGGGGACCGAAUUGUUACCAAAGUAGCAGCCAAGGGAGGAAACGUUGUGAAUUAAGUGGUCAAUUAAAUGGAAAACAUGGUUUUUACCUGA